CUCUUUCUCCCAUCAAAUCCGCGAUGACCGCACCUGCGAUAUAUCCAAGCCUGCAUGGCAAGACAGUCUUAAUCUCUGGUGGGGCGGAAGGAAUCGGUGCCGCAACCGUGGAGCUUUUUGCAUUGCAAGGCAGCCAGGUAAUCUUCUUGGAUAUCUCCGAAGAUGCUGCUCGGAAAACCAUCGACAAGGUGGUCGCACGAAGGGAAGAGGCUGCAUCGCGUGGAGGACCUACAAUCAAGGCCCCUAUCUUUUACUUUUGUGACUUGUCAAGCCUUCCCGAUUUGCAAGCAACGGCAGUAAAAGUAUUGGAAGAACAUGGCCCAGUCCACGUAUUGGUCAACAAUGCAGCAGGGACGGGCAGCAGCGCAAGACUCAGCACGGAGAAUGUCACAUCAGAGGCCUGGGACGCUAGCGUCAAUAUCAACCUGAGGCAUGUGUUUUUUCUGUCUCAGGCCGUCAUUCCGGAAAUGAAGCGCAUUGGGGCUGGUAGCAUUGUCAAUCUUGGGUCUAUCACCUGGCGUAUACCAGCUGCUGGUCAACCAGUAUAUGGGGCUUGCAAGGCCGCCAUAAUGGGUCUUACACGUGUUCAGAGCAAGGAAGUCGGUGGCUCUAACAUACGAAUCAACAGCGUUAUGCCUGGUGCCAUCGCGACCGAGAGGCAAAAGGCAGAAGUUCUGACGCCCGAAUAUCGUGCGGAGGUUUUCCAGAACCAAAGCUUGCAGCGUGAUCUUUCUCCCGAGGAUGUUGCGAAGGUGAUUGUUUUUCUUGGAAGUGAUGAAGCAAGCGGUGUGACAGGAAGCACAUAUGUUGUUGAUGGCGGAUGGGUCAGUGACCCAUGAUUGAAAGAAGAAAUACUGGGUGGGAAGAAAGCCCUUCACCUAUGUCUCUCUUCUAUAUUUCUCUCUCCUGUUGCGUUCCUUUUCUUACUCCAUUACAUUUACAUACUCUCCCAAUCUUCUCCUCUUAAUCUUCCCGGACCUUCCUUGUCGUUUCGGUGACAUGAGACCUGGGACAUAAUGAUGCAUCAUGACACUGAACCAAUUGGGUUGAAAAGCUUUACAUAAGAGGGAAGCUCGAGACCAUAUGUACAAAUUCAGUCUGAU